AUUCAUCUGUUGUUUCUCCCACUCUUAUUCCAUCUGCCUUGAGAACGCCACCUGUCCGUCAAUGGCACGCCACACCUCACGUGUAUGUGGCGCAGCAGCCCCUCCCCUGUUGCCAAGAAAGGCAAGGCGCUUAUAUUGUCGCUUGAGGGCUCUACCCCGACCUUUUGUUCUUGAUCUUCUCUGGAUUUCUUUUCUCUCAUUCCUGAUGACUCUACUACCUCUACCUGGAGCUUGAGCGAUUCUUUAUUGUGAUAUAUAAGAGUUUUCCAAGCCAGAGUCGACUUUGUUUUUUUUGCUAUUCUUCCCGCCCCAUCGACGUCAUAGCGCUAUCCCAACGAUAAGGCUUGCAUAUCAGAACCAACGAGGGUUGCACCAGGAUGGCAUCUCAUCAUGAUCCCCGUUUGCUCUACAGCAUCAAGAAUAUCCGGGCGUUCCAUAUUCAGAAUGGAAAGGAAUCGGCUCUCACUCCAUCUGGUCCUCAGACCCUGUCUCUCCUGAUGGUCCCCACGACAACGACGUUCCCUGAGCAGCCCAACACGGCAGUCCCCUCAGAACCCCCAGAGGAGGAAGACUUCUACCUCCAUCUACAUCUUCCGCCAGAACUUGACAUGGCUCUCCCUGCCACGGCGCAGAUCUACCACCAGCCGCCGAACAGCUAUCUGAUUCCCCGCUGGGAUAUGGGACCCGACGCAGGAGCCUUUAUUCGAAUCGAGUUCCCUGGCAUUGGGUCUGGACCCCAAAAGGUGACUCAGGAGGAUGUAGACACCUUUGAGACCAUUCUCGCGCAAUGCACCGCGUUCUUGGAACGAGAGACCGCACCAUCGGACUGCGCGCUUUAUAACCCGGCCGAUUACGCCCCUGGGGAAGGCUAUAUCUCUUCCUAUGAUAAGACUCCGGCAGAGUCUCACGGCAAAAUCGUUUUGGUGGAUGAGGAGGAUGGUAGUGUGGUUGGUGAACUGACAGACGGCUACGAAAUUGUAGAGAAACCCGACGUCAAGCCUGGGUCGAAAACUCCCGUUGAGGUCGAACUACCGAGAGAAGGCGAAGGGAACCAGAUCAGUGUGGAGAAUGCAUCUCCCGAGUACCUUCGCAUGGCCCGGCAUCCGGCGUACAAAAACUCGACGAUCGUGCAGACGUCUGCGACGGCGUCACGGCUGAUUGUGACGGGGUCUGCGUACCUUGCCAACGCGUUAACCAACGGGGCGGACAGUUUUGUCAAGAAGACCAAUCCAAAUCCCACGCCGCUACGAUUCUCGGAGACUACACAGACGCGGAUCCGCAAAAUCAACACAUUCUCGCAGGAUGCAGCCAGUCUCUCGGCUCGGACGGUAGGCUCGGUAAGCCGGUACGCACAGAGCCUGGGCGCCACUUUAGGCCGGCACAAGGAGAACGACAAACGCCGGGCAGCAACAACAGCAGCUGCUGCAGGAGGAGGCAAGACUGCUGGACCGUCGUCCGGGGCAGACUACAAGCCUGGGAUCCUGAACAAGUCGAUGAUUGCUUUUUCCACACUGGCGGACGGGAUCGAGCACGGCGCGCGCGCCAUGCUGGCCUCAAGCUCGUCCGCGGCCAGCACGAUGGUUUCCCAUCGGUACGGGCCCGACGCGGGCGCCAUCGCCGCCCACCUGACGGGAGGGUUCAAGAACGUGGGCCUGGUGUACAUCGACGCGACCGGGGUGAGCCGCAAGGCGGUGCUGAAAUCCGUCGCUAAAGGGAUGGUGGUCGGUCGUAUGAGGAACGGCGACCAGGUUGUCGUUGGCGGUGGGGACGGUGGGGAUGUGGACAAUCCUCCUCCUCCUCCUCCUUCUUCUUCUUCUUCCCCUUCCCGUUCCCCUUCAUCCAGUAGUGCUUAUGGUACAGUUCAGGGACGUGCUACGCCACCUCCCGGUUAUGGUUCCCCGGCGCCCACAACUCUGGGAGGUACACGAGUGCCGGGGCGAAAACGAUACCUUUAG